AUAAACUCAACACAAAGCUAGAAGUCUUUAUCUAUCUCUCGCAGAGCGAUUAAGAGCUCAAAAUUUGGUCUAUAUUUUUAGUUGACGGAACCUGAUAAGGAAGCCACCCCAGAAGUUUACGAUUAACUUUUGGUUUAGUUCACUGUCAAGGUUCAACGGAGAAAGAGUUGCUUGAACUUUGCUCUCACAGUUUCCAGGAUGGCAAUCUGGCUGUUGUCGAUUUUGGCCAUUGCGUUUGCCGUUGGGGUACAUUUGUACCAAAAGUUUGCCAAUUUGGUUCAUUAUGGGUCCAAAAUUACCGGUCCAAAGGCAUACCCGGUCGUGGGCAAUGCAGCUAGAUUUUUCAGCAUGACGCCAGCUGAAUUUCUGCAGGAAGUUGAUCGGUUGAGUAAGGAAUGGGGAAAGUGCUUCCGAAUUUGGCUGGGUCCCGAUUUGCUGAUUGUGGUGACGGAUGCGAAGAAGGUUGAGGUAAAUUAAGUGUUUGAUAGUUUGGUGUUAGAAAAUGUGUGACAGAAUAAUCU